GCUAUGUGUGCAUUGCUAACUCUAUGAAGGAUUUUACCGAUUCAAAGGGUACUUCUGAAGAUGUCAUCGCAAAGCUCAGAGAAGGCUCCUGUUCAAACCACGCCUGCUGAGAAAGAUCUCGAGAAGUUUUCCAGUCAUCCAUCCGUAGAUGAUGAGAAUAGCUCAGACUCACAACCAGAGUACUUCAAGUCUCGUGGUGUGCAACGUAUGGAUUGGGUUAAGGCAUCCAUGGAUAGUACCAAGAAGGGUAAACGGUUGAGAAUUUACUUCUUUGUGCUUCUUGUGGUUAUUUCCUGGGUGUCCACCUUCGACUCCUACACCACAUAUAAUUAUUCCCCCGCUGCUACAUCUGCUUUCGGUUACCACUCUUUGUUAUCAACUAUCAGUGUUGCUGAUUCCAUCAUUAGUGCAGUGUCGAAAAUCUGGAUUGCAAAGAUUGCAGAUGUUACAUCAAGACCAUGGACAUACGCAUUAGCUCUUGUCUUUUACACAUUGGGCUCUGUAAUGGCUGCUGCUUCAAACAAUGUCACUACAUACGCUGCCGGAUCUGUAUUUAUCGCUAUUGGUUCUUCUGGUAUUGGGCUUUUGAACACGAUUAUCUCCGGUGAUAUCACCCCAUUGAAAUAUAGAGGUCUUGUUCUUGGCCUUCUUUCUACACCUUAUCUCAUCAACGCGUGGUUCACUGGCUUGAUUGUUGAAGCUGUUCUUAACGGAAACUGGAGAUGGGGUUAUGGUAUGUUCUGUAUAAUCAUGCCAGCGACAGUUGGUCCUGCAUUGUUAGUCAUGUCAUGGCUAGAACACAAAGCUAAAGCAACUCAAGCAGCUCUUGGAGCGAUUGUGGACCGUCCAAAGAGAUCUUUUAAAGAAAAAAUGCAACUCAUAUGGGAUUCAUCACUUGAAUGCGAUUUCUUUGGUUUGCUUCUUCUAGGUUUUGGAUGGGCUCUGCUUCUAUUGCCAUUCUCACUUUAUACAUCUGCUUCAAAGGGUUGGAAAAAUCCAUCUUUGAUCGCUAUGUUUGUUGUUGGCGGUGUCUUGUUAGUUGCAUACACUUUCUACGAGUUUUACGUUGCUCCGCAUCCAUCAAUGCCAAAACGUGUUUUGCUUAACAGAACGUUCAUGACAGCUUCAUGUAUUGACUUCUUUUACCAACUGGGCGGUAUGAUACGUCUUCUCUACCUUUCAUCUUAUGCGUUAGUCUGUUUCAAUUGGUCAUAUAAAAACUGGACAUACUUUAACAACACUUUCACCAUGGCAUCAUGUUUCUUCGGUGUCGUCGUUGGUGUUAUUCAGAGAUAUACCCAUCGUACAAAAUACUUACAAUGCUUUGGAUUAGCACUUCAAGUUGUUGCUAUGGGAAUUACACUUUGGGCCCGUUAUGAUCAUUUAUCAACUGCUGCACUUGUUUGGACUCAGAUCUUGAUUGGUAUGGGAGCUGCAUGCUCUGUUGUUGGGUCUCAAGUUGCUUCCCAAGCCUCCGUUCCGCAUCAGGAUAUGGCGUUGGUCAUUGCUCUGUUGUCCCAAUGGUCUUCUAUCGGUAAUGCCAUUGGUUCUGCGGUUGCUGGAGCUAUUUGGCAGACGAAAAUGCCAGCAGCUUUGAGACACUAUAUGCCAUCGUCUGUGAACGAUACCGAAGUUCUCACUUUAUAUGGCUCCGUCAUGGAUAUCUACGCCUUACCGUUUGAUUCACCGGAAAGAGAGGCUGCUAAGAUGGCUUACUUUGAUGUUAGUUAUUAUCUCUUCGCACCGGCUUUAGGGUUAACCUGCAUCCCAUUCCUUGUAUCAUUUUUCCAGAAGAACUUCUACCUGGGCGAUGAUCAAAAUGCCAUCGAAUCCAAAUUAGAACAAUGGAACCGUCCACCAAAGAACCUUAUGGAGAAAGUCAUGAGGUUCUGUGAUGAACCAUUUAAAUACAAACAGUACUCGAAAAAGUGGGCAGAAGAGACUAAUGGCUCUUCCGAUAAAUGACAACUAGACAAUCAAU